GGCCUUCCCCGCGCAGCGCUCCGACCGCGGGCGGCCCAGGGGCGGGCGCGCCGCUGCAUCCCCAUCCUCGUCGUCGCCCGGCACAGCGCGAGCGGGCGAGCGGCGCGGGCGGCCGGAGCGCCGAGGCCCGGCCAUGGCCACCACCAGCACCACGGGCUCCACCCUGCUGCAGCCCCUCAGCAACGCCGUGCAGCUGCCCAUCGACCAGGUCAACUUUGUAGUGUGCCAACUCUUUGCCUUGCUAGCAGCCAUUUGGUUUCGAACUUAUCUACAUUCAAGCAAAACUAGCUCUUUUAUAAGACAUGUAGUUGCUACCCUUUUGGGCCUUUAUCUUGCACUUUUUUGCUUUGGAUGGUAUGCCUUACACUUUCUUGUACAAAGUGGAAUUUCCUACUGUAUCAUGAUCAUCAUAGGAGUGGAGAACAUGCACAAUUACUGCUUUGUGUUUGCUCUGGGAUACCUCACAGUGUGCCAAGUUACUCGAGUCUAUAUCUUUGACUAUGGACAAUAUUCUGCUGAUUUUUCAGGCCCAAUGAUGAUCAUUACUCAGAAGAUCACUAGUUUGGCUUGCGAAAUUCAUGAUGGGAUGUUUCGGAAGGAUGAAGAACUGACUUCCUCACAGAGGGAUUUAGCUGUAAGGCGCAUGCCAAGCUUACUGGAGUAUUUGAGUUACAACUGUAACUUCAUGGGGAUCCUGGCAGGCCCACUUUGCUCUUACAAAGACUACAUUACUUUCAUUGAAGGCAGAUCAUACCAUAUCACACAAUCUGGUGAAAAUGGAAAAGAAGAGACGCAGUAUGAAAGAACAGAGCCAUCUCCAAAUACUGCGGUUGUUCAGAAGCUCUUAGUUUGUGGGCUGUCCUUGUUAUUUCACUUGACCAUCUGUACAACAUUACCUGUGGAGUACAACAUUGAUGAGCAUUUUCAAGCUGCAGCUUCGUGGCCAACAAAGAUUAUCUAUCUGUAUAUCUCUCUUUUGGCUGCCAGACCCAAAUACUAUUUUGCAUGGACGCUAGCUGAUGCCAUUAAUAAUGCUGCAGGCUUUGGUUUCAGAGGGUAUGACGAAAAUGGAGCAGCUCGCUGGGACUUAAUUUCCAAUUUGAGAAUUCAACAAAUAGAGAUGUCAACAAGUUUCAAGAUGUUUCUUGAUAAUUGGAAUAUUCAGACAGCUCUUUGGCUCAAAAGGGUGUGUUAUGAACGAACCUCCUUCAGUCCAACUAUCCAGACGUUCAUUCUCUCUGCCAUUUGGCACGGGGUAUACCCAGGAUAUUAUCUAACGUUUCUAACAGGGGUGUUAAUGACAUUAGCAGCACGAGCUAUGAGAAAUAACUUUAGACAUUAUUUCAUUGAACCUUCCCAACUGAAAUUAUUUUAUGAUGUUAUAACAUGGAUAGUAACUCAAGUAGCAAUAAGUUACACAGUUGUGCCAUUUGUACUUCUUUCUAUAAAACCAUCAUUCACGUUUUACAGCUCCUGGUGUUACUGCCUGCACAUUCUUGGUAUCUUAGUAUUAUUGUUGUUGCCAGUGAAAAAAACUCAAAGAAGAAAGAAUACACAUGAAAACAUUCAGCUCUCACAAUCCAAAAAGUUUGAUGAAGGAGAAAAUUCUUUGGGACGGAACAGUUUUUCUACAACAAACAAUGUUUGCAAUCAGAAUCAAGAAAUAGCCUCGAGACAUUCAUUACUAAAGCAGUGAUCAGGAAGGCUCUGAGGGCUGUUUUUUUUUUUUUUUUUGAUGUUAACAGAAACCGAUCUUAGCACCUUUUCAAGGGGUUUGAGUUUGUUGGAAAAGCAGUUAACUAGGGGGAAAUGGACAGUUAUAGAUAAGGAAUUUCCUGUACACCAGAUUGGAAAUGGAGUGAAACAAGCCCUCCCAUGCCAUGUCCCCGUGGGCCACGCCUUAUGUAAGAAUAUUUCCAUAUUUCAGUGGGCACACCCAACCUCAGCACUUGUCCGUAGGGUCACACGCGUGCCCUGUUGCUGAAUGUACGUUGCGUAUCCCAAGGCACUGAAGAGGUGGAAAAAUAAUCGUGUCAAUCUGGAUGAUAGAGAGAAAUUAACUUUUCCAAAUGAAUGUCUUGCCUUAAACCCUCUAUUUCCUAAAAUAUUGUUCCUAAAUGGUAUUUUCAAGCGUAAUAUUGUGAGAACGCUACUGCAGUAGUUGAUGUUGUGUGCUGUAAAGGAUUUUAGGAGGAAUUUGAAACAGGAUAUUUAAGAGUGUGGAUAUUUUUAAAAUGCAAUAAACAUCUCAGUAUUUGAAGGGUUUUCUUAAAGUAUGUCAAAUGACUACAAUCCAUAGUGAAACUGUAAACAGUAAUGGACGCCAAAUUAUAGGUAGCUGAUUUUGCUGGAGAGUUUAAUUACCUUGUGCAGUCAAAGAGCGCUUCCAGAAGGAAUCUCUUAAAACAUAAUGAGAGGUUUGGUAAUGUGAUAUUUUAAGCUUAUUAUUUUUCUUAAAAGAGAGAGGUGACGAAGGAAGGCAGGAAUGAAGAAGCACUGCGUGGCAUCUGGUGGAAUGCACGGGGCACAGCCGCAACUCUGCAGGCCGCUUCCCCCCAUGCCAGGGCUGUGUGCCAUCAUGUGAGACUUAAAAAAAAAGUUGAAUGACUUCGUGAUACUUUGGACUUCUAAAUUAAAUUUAUCAGGCAUAAAUUAUGUAGAAUUAGAGGCUUUGAAAAUAAUACUGGUAGGUUGCUCAAAGGUUUUGAAAGAGAAAUCGCUAGGUAGGUUACUAUCUGGCUAAUCCAUUUCUUAUCCUUGACAAUUUAAUUCAUAUUUGGGAAACUUUUAGGGAAAUGAAAAAUAAAAGUCAUUGAGUCUGGGUGACAUUUUUUAAGAGUAAUAUAAAUUCAGUUUCAAACUCUUCUCACAUUAAAAUUUUGCUGUGAACUCUUACUAAAA